AUGUCCGAAGGGUUUAGAGCUUUUGUGGAGGAGAGGCUGGGUGCGGAUGCUGAGGGCAUAUGUGCGCUCUUUCAGAACAUAGUAGCGGACUAUGAGGAAGAACUGCGCUGCACCCAACUCGAAAACCAGAAGAUCCAGCGGCUCCUGGACUCGGCUCUGAGGGCUCUGAGCCCGAGAGUUGUGCUCGUCACAGCCGCUGUUCAUCUCCCCUCUCCAAGUCCUGAUCUGACUCCACAAAUUAAAGAAGAACCCAGCAUCAAACAAGAGGACAAUCAGCUGCAAGUGUCUGUCCCAGAGUUUAGUGCUGUGAGCGUGAAGACAGAAGAGUCCUCACUGCUUCAACAAAGACAAACUGAGCAGAGAGAGGACAUACAGGGAGAGGACAUCAGUGCAGAGACACACGUCCACUUAGAGACAGAGGGGGAAACAGGUCACUCUUCUGACACUGACAGUGAUGAAGACUGGAGAGCUCCACUCAACUGUUCACCUGCACACAUGGACACAGGGGCUGAUGAAGACCACCGCAACCAAGACCAGGCCAGAGGCAGAAGCACCACUGCACAAAACCCACGUCUGUCCCCCAAAUCCAAGUCUACACCAGAGACCAGAGCCACUGUGGACAAUGGAGACAUGUCAGGAACUGGCAAAGGAGCUGAGAGUAGGAAACACAAGUGCUCUGUUUGUAAAAAGAGAUUUGUCUCUAAAUAUAAACUGCAAAAACACAGGAGAGUUCAUACAGGGGAGAAACCAUUCAGCUGCUCAGUCUGUAAGAAAGUGUUUGCUGUAAGCUCUACUCUCAAAACACAUAUGAGGACACACACAGGGGAGAAACCAUUCAGCUGCUCAGUCUGUAAGAAAGAGUUUGCUGUAAGAUCUACUCUCAAAAGACACAUGAGGACACACACAGGGGAGAAACCAUUCAGCUGCUCAGUCUGUAAGAAAGAGUUUGCUGUAAACUCUGCUCUCAAAACACAUACGAGGACACACACAGGGGAGAAACCAUUCAGCUGCUCAGUCUGUAAGAAAGUGUUUGCUGUAAGCUCUACUCUCAAAACACAUAUGAGGACACACACAGGGGAGAAACCAUUCAGCUGCUCAGUCUGUAAGAAAGAGUUUGCUGUAAGAUCUACUCUCAAAAGACACAUGAGGACACACACAGGGGAGAAACCAUUCAGCUGCUCAGUCUGUAAGAAAGAGUUUGCUGUAAACUCUGCUCUCAAAACACAUACGAGGACACACACGGGAGAAACCAUUCAGCUGCUCAGUCUGUAAGAAAGAGUUUGCUGUAAGCUCUUAUCUCAAAAUACACAUGAGGACACACACAGGGGAGAGACCAUUCAGCUGCUCAGUCUGUAAGAAAGAGUUUGCUGUAAACUCUGCUCUCAAAACACAUACGAGGA